AAGAGAAAUUUCCUUUUUUCAAAUUCUGGUCAGAACGAAUCUCAACUAUAUAUUAAUUACCUGUGACCUAAUUAACUCUGUAGAAUUGGAAAAGCUAUAACACAUCAUCAUCUCAACCGCUUAUAUAUAUAAAUAUACACACAAGCAUAAUCAUGUUGCAGUGAAAUCCGAAGAAGUUGAGGAGAUCAGAGAUCAAGGGAUAAGGCAAUAUAAAUCAACGUCAAAGCAGCAGAUAAUCAUGAAGACAGAGACCUCUCGCUCUCUGGGCGGAUAUAUAAAGCAUGGAAUAGCGUCGUGGUUCUUAGGCUGUUUUGGAAUGAACGGCAACUACAACAAGGAGGAGAAGAAGAUGGAGUACAGUAACAGGACAGCGAAAAGAUGGAGACAUCUCAGCGGCGAAAAUCAUUGGAAAGACCUCCUCGAUCCUCUCGACCUAGACCUACGCAAAUACAUCAUCCCCUACGGAGAAAUGGCACAAGCAACCUACGACACUUUCAACACGGAGAAGAAAUCCAAGUUCGCCGGAAGCAGCCGGUACGCGAGAAGCGACUUGUUCUCAAAGGUGGGUUUGGAGAAGGGAGAUGGCCAUCCGGUCAAGUAUUGCAUCACAAAGUAUCUGUACGCGACGUCGGCGAUCGACGUGCCGGAGGCGUUCAUGGUAAAGUCGUGGUCGAGGGAGGCGUGGAGCAAGGAGUCGAACUGGAUAGGGUUUGUGGCAGUGGCGACGGAGGAGGGGACGGCGGCGAUGGGACGGAGGGACAUAGUGGUUGCUUGGAGAGGGACGGUCCAGACGCUGGAGUGGGUUAAUGAUUUUGAGUUCAUUUUGGUAUCAGCUUCGAAAGUGUUUCAAAGAGACGAUGAUCCCUCCUUGCACCAAGGUUGGUACUCUAUUUACACUUCCGAAGACCCUCGUUCUCCCUUCAAUAAGACCAGUGCCAGAAACCAGGUUCUGAGCGAGAUCAGAAGAUUGGUGGAGUUAUAUAAGAACGAAGAGAUCAGUAUAACUAUAACAGGGCACAGCUUAGGAGCAGCACUUGCGACGCUUAACGCAGCGGAUAUAGUUGCCAAUCGCUACAACGCACCUAGAGAUCAACCUCUGAAUUCAUGUCUAGUCACAGUGUUCGCAUUCGCGAGUCCUCGUGUGGGAGACUUAAAUUUCCAGAAGCUAUUCUCAAAGUACAAAGAUCUUCGAGUCCUGCGAAUUCGGAAUGAGCUAGACAUCGUCCCAAACUAUCCUCUGAUAGGAUAUUUUGACGUUGGGGAAGAGCUGAAGAUCGAUACUCGAAAAUCAAAGUACUUGAAGAGCCCAGGGAAUGCAGCGAGCUGGCAUAACUUGGAAGCUUAUUUGCAUGGAGUGGCGGGAACGCAAGGGAGCCAAUCGGGAGGCUUCAGGUUGGAGGUGAAUCGUGAUAUUGCACUCGUGAACAAGUCUCUGGAUGGUUUGAAAGAUGAGCUUCUGGUCCCUGCGUCGUGGAGAAUUGAGAAGAAUAAGGGUAUGGUGCAACAGAUUGAUGGAUCUUGGAAGUUGAUGGAUCAUGAGGAAGAUGAUGACUAUUGAUCGACGAAGUUGCGUGUUAGAGGGUGAUUUCAUAAUUAAUUAAUUUUAAAUAUACAGAAGAUACGAUUCUUUGUUCUUUUUACAACACGGUCAAGUCGUUUCCUUUGUUGUAUUGACUAAACGCAUUUGCUUGCUAACCCACCCUGACAUUCAUUACCAAAGCUUCGAUCGACCAAAUAAUUUCACAGAAAUACGUUUAUCCAUGCAUAAACUCCAACUGUUCCACUUAUCCCUUUCGUUUCUAUGU